AUCAGCCGCUUUCCCUAUGCGGACAUACCACUUGUGUUUCAGGAGUGUCUCUCUAUGCAGGUCUGCUCAUGCGCCCCUUACUGCUGCUCGUGAAGAGAUGCUGCUGCUGCUGAUAGAGGUGUACGCGCGCUUUGCGGCUGGCGCUCGCUCUUAUUUACACCCAUUCACUGCAUUAUAGAAAAACUGUGAAACGCUGCAGCUGGUUAGGAAAUGGACUUUCUCAGUGGAUUAAUGUUCCUCUGCGGUGAUACAUCUCAAGCUCUAAAUUUGCAACGCCACAAGCUGAUACUCCUGACUGUGUGGAAAGAAUUUAAACAGUCAUUUUACUGAAGAGGAUUUUUAUGACUUGCGGCAUUUACACAAUUUACCCAUAUGCCAGAAAUGCCCCCUUCUGUUAAAUGGUGCAUUAGGUGGGCUGUUUGCUUGUCCUUUGUUCUGGCACUUACCCCCAGGACCAAAGGAUCGUCACUGAAUUGUCACAAAAUGUGCAUAUGCGCCAGUAACAUUGUUAGCUGUUCCAAGAUGAACCUGACAACAGUUCCGUCCGACCUGCCGAACUAUACAGCUGUGCUCGAUCUUAGCUUUAAUUAUAUAAUUGGACUACGUGCACAAUGGACCAAGCAGAAACUCCCCAGUCUCCACAGCCUUUUACUAAGCCACAAUGGUUUGAAUUUCCUCUCUUCAGAGGCUUUCAUUUUUGUAAAGCAGCUGCGCUACCUGGAUCUGUCUUCCAAUAACCUGAGACAGCUGGACGAGUUCAUCUUUGAGCCCCUGAUACAUCUGGAGGUUUUGUUGCUCUACAACAACCAUAUCUCGCAGAUUGACCGCACUGCCUUCUUGGGCCUCACCAGCCUGCAGAAGCUCUACCUGAGCCAGAACCAGGUGUCCCGCUUCCCUCUGGAGCUGGUUAAGGACAAGUCCCGACUGGAGAAGCUGAGUCUGUUGGACUUGUCUUCCAAUCGGAUCAAAGUUCUCCCCAUUCAAGAUCUGCAAGGCCUACCAGCCUGGAUCAAGAAUGGGAUGUAUUUCCACAACAACACACUCAUCUGUGAUUGCGAGCUGUACAGUAUGAUGGCUCACUGGUAUAUCCGGCGGCUCAGUUCAGCUCUGGACUUUAAGGAUGACCACACCUGUGUGCAUCCUGGCCCAGAAAAGCGAGUGCUUCGUGUGUAUGAUCUGAACACUCAUAUGAACUGCAGCACUUUUCAAGAAACAGAUGAAGAGGCUUAUUUGGAGCAGACACUUAUGCUCCGCUGUGACACCAGACAUCGGGACAUGUCCAAGACCUGGAUGCUACCUGGCAAUGUAGUGGUGUCCCCUGGCAAUAACCAGAGUGCUGUGGUCCUCCCAGAUGGCAGGCUUGAGAUCAAAUCGAUUAGACCUGAGGACUCAGGUGUGUACACUUGCUUUGCUGUGAGUGAAUACCUCAAUGAAACACUCUAUGUGGUUGUGAAGGUCCACAACUCCACCAUCAGUGGCAAUAGUGAGACCCUCAACACAGCUUACACCACUUUGGUGGGCUGCUUGGCUAGCGUGGUCCUGGUCCUUAUCUAUCUGUACCUGACGCCUUGCCGUUGCUUCUGCUGUCCCGACCAGGGCAAAUCCAAAAAUCCCCAUGAAGACAGCAUCCAUUCCUCCAUGCUCAGUGCCACCCCAACUCACGAGGAUAUGGCAACAAAAGCAGGGCUCAACAGGCAUGUGGCUUUCAUAGACCCCAAGGAUCUGCGGGGGCAGAAUGGCAAGGUGAAUCCAAACGGAGAUGAUGAUCUUGAUGAGGAAGCCAUGCAGGGAAAAGGAAAGCGGAAGAAAUCAGUGGCAGACUCGAUUAGUUCAGUAUUUUCUGAUACUCCUAUUGUGGUCUGAGGAAAGGCUGUUAGACAUCGCCAUCUUCAAUGAACAAUACAUUGUUGUGGCUUUCUUGGACAAAGAGACAGAAGUUUGCCAUCCUCAGUGUUUGGCUGUAUCUGCAAAUCCUUUCCAGCAUUUUGAUCUGUAGCACUUAAUUAUAUACUGUGAAAAGGUCUUGCCAUAUUAGUGGACUCUAAACUUGGAGUGUUUAGAUGUUCCUGUGAGUUUAAACCCACUACAUGUGAGUAGAGGUAGUCUGGGUAAACAUCAAAUGUGUAUUCUCAAUGAUCAGGAUGAAGUCAUAAGCAUGAGCUUUGCAGACCCUGUUAAGAAGAAUAUAGAAUAUUAGAAUGAUUCCUUUGUAGCUAAUAGAUUAUAUUUACCACCUUUAAUGCUAACUGACCAACAUUAUCACAUUAUGUAAAGCCAGAUCCAAUUGGUCAUUGCAGUAGGAGUGAAAAGCACUACUGAACAGGAAUUAGGUGAAAAAACAGGUUCUACAUUCAAUGUAUCUGUUUCUGUGGAAACUCAGGAAGGUGUGUUGAAGGAGAAAGUCAAACAGCGAGUAUACUGUGAGUUUACUUUCAAACCUAUUCACUCUCAGUCUGCUUGUGUUAAAUAUACCAUAAAUAAAUAACUGGUAAUGCAUAGAAUGAUGACACUUUCAUUCAAGAAUUAAAAAAUACAUAUUUACCUAAUUGUUAUAAAAGUAUGAUAGAAGUCUACAAAAGGUUUUAUUCUUUUGUCUCUGACAGAUAUACAGUAUGGAAAAUUUUGGCUCUUUGAAUCUAGACUCAUUGAUGCCAGCACUAAUCUUUGAAUUUAAAUGUUGGAUAGCUAUCACAAUUUCAUAAGAACCUAUAUGGAGUUCUUUGUAUAUGAAACUAAGUAAAUACAUAGUUACAACCAACAAUUUGUAGUUUUAUUGCAAUGGCAACUCUUCUCAUAAAAAAAAUUAUAAUCUGCACAUUUACAGCUCUUUGAGCUCAUCUGUCAUGACUACCAGAGUGUGAAAUAUUACCAAAAUGCUAAUGAAAUCUUUUAAUAGAAUGAGGUGUCCAUCUGCCUGUGUUCUCUUCUCUAAAGCUGAGAUGGUUUCAGCCUGGAUUCAAAAGCCAAAACCGUUUCUGACACAAGUCUGCUCAGACAUCUUCUCACUUUGCGUUCAGUUACGGUCAGUGUUGACUCAUCCAUUGUCAGAAUGGAUAUGAUUUUUCUUGAGCCCCUGGAGCACCAAUGUAAUCUUCAUCAGAAGAAAAGCCAAAGGCAGAGGGAAUUUUAUUUCAUUAUGUUUGAACCAUUCUUGAUUAGUUGGAUACAUUUUCUGAAUAAAUUAAAAUUAAGGUUGAACUCAGGUCAAAAUGUGUCUACCAGACUAUUAUAACAAAUGUCAAAUGUGGUGAUUAGUUGAUCUGCCUUUUAUUUUGAUGUAUUCUAAAUUAUUACUAGAGGCAAACUGCUGUGAUUUCACAAAGAUCAGUAUUUUAUUUGCUUCAGUGAUAACACAGGAAUCUAAAGGACAAUGUUGUGACUCAUAAUGUAACUGCGUAAAGCUUGCUGGCUGUGCUCAAGGGAGGUGUGACACCCAGUAGAUCCGCCCCACUUCCUGUAUUGUCAUACUUAAAAAAAAAACACAGGAUAGUUCACAGAUAUAUUUCAACCAGGCCCAAUAUGAUACCAAACCUUUUUGUCCCAGUGGAGUUCUCAGAUGGAGGCCAGGAAUGAGUUAUUUUAGAACACCAAAAGACCAGGAUGUAGGCAAAUACGGACAGUGAUGUCAUAAGGCUAAUUCACACUGGCUCAACAAACACUGAUGUUGUGUUUUGUUAGAUCAGUGUGUUAACCCUUUCUGUGUUUGGUGGAGGAAUGUGAAAAUGACAGUUAUGUUUCCCAGCAUUCUAAAAACAACGGCCAACAUUAAGAAAUAGAAAACUGAUUAGUGUGGACAUGGCCUUAUAACAUAUGUUCUCAAACUCUAAAUUCUUAGGCCACGUCCACACAAACACAAUUGUGAUACGUUUACGCCUCUCUAUCAAACUAGAACUAUGUUUUCCUCCACUGAAAACUGAGAAUUUCGAAAAUGCUCUCUAUCACUGCAUACUUUAGAAAACAAUGACAUUAGGAAACCGACGAAAACAAAAAUGGCUUAUUGUGUUCGUGGCCUUAGAAUCUGAGAAUGCCCAUUUCCAUUUCAUUUGUUCUUGGAAACAAAUCACUUGUUCUUGGAAACAAAUCACAUAUAUCUUGUGCAAUCAUGUGUUAACCAUAACCAUACUGUAUAUAUAUCAGAGGGUCUGGUUUGGUGCAGUGGGAACCAUCUUAAUUUCCUCUGACCUCUUUCCUUAGUUACAUUGUAAUUACAUCCUAUUUGAUGAGUGGUCGAAGCCAUUAAAUGUUUGAUAGGUGGAUGAACUCACAAACAGUAUUAUCUCAGGGAGUGGGAAUAACACAUAAUAGCAGCUAUGGCAGACUGCAGUCAUGCACUGGGCAGUUACGGUCUUUUACACAUCUCUCCAGCUGCAAUCCAAAAUUAGUGUGGAGGGGAAGGUCUUACCAUCACAAGCCCUGUGGGAGGAGGCCAGCAAUCACAAAGAUCCUUCUAGCAUGAAAUUGAACAGCCAAGUGCUCCCCCUAAACUACAUCCAGCAGCUUUUCACCCCUUCUGUGUGUUCUUCUGAAAUGUGUGUCAUUGGCUGUUUUGCUACGAGUAGAGUUCUUAUGAAAGUCCACUGUUCAUUACUCAGCAUUUGACAGUACAUCUGUGCUUUUGUAUGUGCAAACAGUGUUUGUUUUGACAGUGUUUAUGAGAUCGUGUCAUUUGAGGUAGCUUUUUUCCCCUUGAGGUUCCAAAGAGGCUGAAUUUCUUGUUCUUCUGUGUAGUGUUGUUCCUAUACAGUUUUCUAGGUUCCAGUUGUGACUAUAAAAUAUUUGUAAACCUAUUUUAAAGACACUUGACUGUAAAGGUCUUUUCUGUCAUGUAGUAUUUUAAAGUCUAUUUGGUCACUAUUUGUCUAUUAUUUGUUGUUAUUUAGGCACAUAACGGUAAAUUGAGAAUUUUUAUAAUUUUAAGUCAGUAAAUUAAAAUCUCACAAAGUCAUCACAGACUGUAUCUACUGAAGUACCAAAACUGUUACAUUGAUUAGAAUGUUAAAUUUUAUAUUUCACAUAUGGAAAAUAUUAGAACAGCCCUAUAUUAGUAUAUUUGUUCAUUGUGUUUAAAAAUCAGUUGGUACUAGAGACUAGAUCAGGUCCUUUGCUUAUGAACACUUAAAACGCUAGAUUGUCAACAGAAUUCAAAAUGUGAUUAUAUUAAAAACAGGUUAUUCAUGGUUAGUUUGUGACAGUGGCAAUGAUCUAGUUUGAAGUAUUUAAAAUCCAGAAUUAUAUAGUCUUAUCCCUUACACAAAACAGAGAACUAAACCAAUAUAAAUCUAACAGAAUCACAGUAAUGUAGACAUCUGUACAAACAGUGUUGGGUAAUUACUUAAAAAUAGUAAUCCACUACAACUUAAUUAUUUCUCUAUAAUUGUAAUCAGAUAACUUCACUAGUUACUAAAUUAAAAAAGUAAUCGCAUUACUAAUUACUUUUAAAUUACUUUCUAAAACACUUUUCGGCUCAACAAAUUCAAAAUAAUGUUUACAUUUCUUGCUUGUUCAUUGUUACAAGUCCUAAACUCAGCAUCUCACAUUUCCGCUUCACUAUGACUCAUUACAGGGCCAUAAUUCAUGUAUUCUUCAUAAUAAAUAUAUUACAAACAAGCAUAACCCUAUAAUGUACUUAAAAGUAAUUAAAUUAAUUUAAAGUCAGUAACUGUAAUCUGAUUACAAUAAUAUAAAAUGUAAUGCAUUACACUACUUUUUGACUAAAAACUAUUUAGAUUACAGUAGCUAUUUACUUUGUGAUUGGAUUACACCCAACACUAUACAAAUACUAAUAUUAGUUAUACUAAGUGUAACUGUCAAGUUAUACUUGCUACAUAUUGGCAAUAAACUGUUUGAAUCUUAAAUGGUUAGAGUAAAGGUCUCAGGAUGUUAAAAUGUUUCACUUGUGUCUCUGAGAGUGAAGUGCAGUAUAGAAGCAACGUUUAUCAGGUCCACUAUUAUGGGUUGAGGCCUUGCUGUAAAAGCUUAUUUAGUCUGAAUGUCAAAAAGGAGACUGAUGAGUGUUUGGUAAUGCAUAUUCCUGGGCCUGUUCAUAUAAUGUGUACUACAGUGAAAUGGUUGCUCUAGGAUAACCUUGAAAUAGUUUCUGGAACAGUAGUCCUCCCCCAUAUGUAUUAUUCAUCAAUAAUAUGACAAUAUUGAAUAAUUAAAAAAAAGAGUGAAAUUUA